ACAUCCCUGGGGAGCCUGGCCAGUCCCUUGAUGAAGGCCGAGAAGGGCAAGGCCAAGGCCAAGGAGACAACGUUGGCAAAGUCAGUCAUGCCGCGCCUCGAUGAUGGCAUGGAUGAGACACCGCCUGUGAUCAGGGUGCACGGGAGGCCGAUGAAGGAGGAUUCCCGCAAUGUGGGGUGGAUCCCGGAAGAGACGCUGGUAAAGGUGUUGCUGGCUACGACAGAUGCCGCGGUGUUGGAGUCGUUUGCGGCUGAAAACUGCAUGAGUCGUCCCCACUUUUCAUGCUCCAGUUAACUUUUCUGAUGCAUUUUUCUCCUCUAUUAUAUCAAGCUGCGUGUGGAGGUCCCGGGUACUCUCAUACGUUUUACCGGCAUACCUGCCACAAGCCCCUCGUCCAACUGUACAACGCGCGACAGAAAGAUGCCUGAUCCAAUCAGAGUUGGGGAGAGAAGGCCGGAAGAGUUGCUUAUCUCUGCAAUCUCCAUACGCUGCAGCGCGCAUGACUCUGUCGAGAUGAUUGAGGUACCAGGACAACGUCUUGUCACCAAGCACUCUUUCACCCGGAGACUGCGGCCCAGAUUCUCCAAGACAAGUUUAGAGGGUGAAGCGCGAGAAUACCCGGGCAAGCACUGUCGGGGGAAGAGGGGAAUCGUACCGUUUGAACACAUUGUUGACAGGAGGUGUAUCUCCGUGCGCCGAUAAUAUGCACUAUUAGGGGUUAUACAGUACUGGAAUUGUGGGUGCUAGU